AAUAUCACAAACAUUAUGGAGAAGAUUGUUAUAUUGAUGAUAUCCGUGUUAUUGAAUACAGUUCUAUCAGCCAGGGAACCGAAACAAAUCACAUUGGCAAAUCAAGGGACGAUAGCGGGGAUGUACAUAACGAGGUUUAGAACAAAGAGGAUAGCGGCGUACGUUGGAAUACCUUACGCUCAGCCUCCGAUUGAUUUUAGACGAUUCACCCCCCCUGAAUAUACAGAUCUUCCUCAAUGGGAAGGUGUGAGAAACGCGACGAUUUACGCACAUGAUUGCAUGCAAAGCGACCCAAAGACAGAGGACGUACAACACCCACUGAAUAAACAUGACGAGCUAUUUACGAAACUACUGGAAUCUCAAAUGGAGGAACCUCGAAAGAAGGAGUAUUCCGAAGACUGUCUUUAUCUUAACGUCUAUGUGCCAGAUGAUCUUAAAGUCGAAGGCUAUCCAACAAUGGUCUGGUUUCAUGGCGGAGAUUUCGUCAGAGGCAGUCCGAAUAACAUCAAUCCUUUUCAUCUGGUACUAAAGCAAAAGGUAAUAUUUGUUACUGUGGCGUACCGUUUAAAUAUUUUCGGCUUUUUCUCAACUUUAGAUAACGAAGCCCCAGGAAAUUUCGGCUUGUUAGAUCAAGUUGCGGCUCUGACAUGGGUUAAAAAUAACAUUGAAGCUUUUGGAGGUGAUCCGGAAAAUGUAUGUAUAUUUGGACAUGACGCCGGCGCUGUGAGCGUUGGACUUCAUUUAAUAUCGCCGUAUUCUUCAGGACUCUUUCAAAAGGCAAUAGCCAUGAGCGGUAAUGUGCUAUCGCCGGAAACAGUUAAUAUAGCUAGAAAGGAAUUGAUAACGGUCGAUAAAGUAGCUACAGCGUUCAGCUGUUUCCGAAAGCCAACUUUUCAAUUGUUAGACUGUUUGAGACGAGUAAACUACCAAGCAUUACUAGAUAUUGGAGAACCUUUAGCUUCGUGGAAACCGAUUAUCGACAGCGGCUUUAGUAAUAUAUCACAACCAUUUUUAACUGAUUUACCGAGUAAAAUGUUUAACGAUGAAAUAUUCAGCCCUGUACCAAUUUUAACUGGUUACACUAAUAUGGAAGAUGCUCUUCUCCUAGAUAAAGAUGGGAACGAAGAUUCUGGUAUAAGUCAAAGAGAAUUUGACGUAAUGCGCGAAGAAGUUAUUCUUUCCGAUAUUACAGUGGACAAUAGCUCAUGUUUUACAAAUCAACACCAUAUACAAGACGCUGUUGCGUUUUUCUACAAACCAAUUCCACCAACAACAAAUGAGACUAUAUUGAGAAAACAAUUUUUGGACUUUUAUACUGAUAAGGUAUAUGGAGCUACAACUUACCAAUUAGCAAAAUAUAUGAGUAAACAUUCUCCUGUCUACCUGUAUAGAUUUGAUUUGAAACCAUUUUCUGAUAUAGCCAACGAGGGUAUACCAGAUUGGAUCGCAGUGCCACACAAUUUCGACUUGAUAUUUACUUUCGGUAUGCCAUAUUUAGCUUUACCUGAAGAUUUAACCAAAUGGGACUAUAGAGAUAAAAGCAUAUCCGAGAUCAUUAUGAAAAUGUGGACCAAUUUUGCGUGGUAUUCAAAUCCAACUAAUUCGGGUGUUAUUAUUAAAUGGGAUACUUUCGAGAUUGAAAGGCCAGGGUUCUUUAUCAUUGACAGACAGAACUUCACAAUGAGUACACAGCAAACAGUUAAUUAUAAAGCAUUCGAAUUUUGGACGGAUUUUUACCCAAAAGUUGUAGAAAUUGGUACAAAAUGUUGUAAAGAGAUGAUGGUAUUUAAACAGACUUUAGUCCUGCUAAUGGCAGCGUGCUUCGCAUCUGGUCAAAGACCGACCUUCGCUGGGUCAAAGCCAAUAGGUUUUCCUGAACUGACCAACAAAACAUCGGAUUCACUUGGAAAUAGAUUCGGCGAUGGUACACCAUUAGUUCUACCCAUCGAAGCGAAAGGGGACCGAGAUCUUGUGGAGCGCAUCAGUAAACUCCCAAUCGACAAGCAACCUUUUUGGUACAUAAAUUGGAAAGCCCUUGAAGAGAACAGGAAAAAUCCACAGACAUACGAACAGAGACCGAAUUCUUUUACAAAUUUGAAUACCAAUCAAGGGCAGAAUGAUGCCAGUAACUCUGGUAGUCUUAAUUCCAGAUUUGGCACCAAUAGUGCCAGUCAAAGUGAGACCUCUAUCACUGGUUUCACACAGAAUAGAUCGAACGACAAUGUAGCAUAUAGAAGACAUAACAGGUUCUAAAUUUGAAUUUUAUAAUGAGGGCCGUGAUACAGUAACGGUUCGUCUUCGUGAGUCAGUAACAUUCGAAAUAACAAAAUAUUACCCGUUAAAAAAAUAGUACUAAUUCAAAAGCGUUAUUAAUAAACGAAAUUCAGGAUGUCCAAAAUGAAACGAUAUCGCACAAAACUCUCGGAUGUUGGUCCAAUAAUUUGAUGUGGAUUUUUUAAUCGUUAAAAAUGUUUUGUCUUUGCAACGACUCAAGCAACGGUAACGUUUCCUUUGAUAAUAAUAAAAAUAACGAUUGACGACAUGCCUUUAUUUUUAUUAUCACAUAUUAAUAGGUCUCGUGACGCGAAUCUAGAAAGGAACUUUAUCUGUGUUGUACAUAGUCAUCCUAUAUACCCUUUGUGUAUGUAUGUCGUCAACAAACAACACCGCUGUCGUCGCAAGCAAUGUUGCUCGAGCUAUACCAUGGCCCUAAGGAUAAAUAAAACAAUUUUUCCAAGUAAUAAAACACAUUAUAUUGACUUUUAAAUAAAUAAAACUUAAUUAAUA